UCCGUUACGCUUUGGAGGGGCGAACAUGUUCCCCCUCGUGCCCCCUCUGCCCCUUUUCCAGUUAGUCGGUGCGCGGAUCUUGCCCUGUUAACGUCUGUCCGAGCGUUUUCAGGCUUUUUUCAAUCAAACCCUCUCCUGUUUUCUGAGGACAGCCGCUUUUCUUCCUCCGCAUUUUUCUUUCACCGCCUCUUCCACAUCAGCUGAACUGUGUUAUGUGUUGUUAAGAUGCUCGUCGGAACGAUGCAAGAAGAGUUACCACCGCCGGCCAAAGUCCGAGCCACGGACUUUUCAAUAGCGGCGAUCAUGGCCAGGACUGAAAGGUCGCCGGCCGCCCACCGUACAACGCCCAUAGGUCUCGCCUCUGAGAGUUGUUCCGAGGAGGAAGACGUGGAAGUGGACGUGGAAGAGUGUUCAGAAAGCGAGUUGGAUCAAGAACGGAAAGGUACUCCAAAUUCUGAACCGGGCAACUCGGACUCGGAAGGACGGGAGACGCCCGAGUCGUCCCGGCAAGGAGUCAAGUCGAGGUGCAACUGCCAAGAACUCCUUGGGACGACCUGUCACUUGGAAACAAAGGACCUCUGGGAUAAGUUCCACGAGUUGGGGACCGAGAUGAUCAUAACGAAGACAGGAAGGAGGAUGUUUCCGACAGUGAGAGUGUCUUUUAGCGGUUUACGGCCGGAUCAAAGGUACGCAGUUUUGAUGGACAUUGUACCGGUGGACAACAAGAGGUACAGGUACGCGUACCACAGAUCGUCGUGGCUCGUAGCGGGAAAAGCGGACCCACCUGCACCGAGCAGGCUUUAUCUUCACCCAGAUUCGCCCUUCACCGGAGAACAGCUUCGGAAGCAAGUAGUGUCUUUCGAGAAGGUCAAACUGACCAACAACGAGAUGGACAAGAACGGACAGAUUGUGCUGAACUCGAUGCACAGGUACCAGCCAAGGAUCCACCUCGUAAAAUGGAGAGACCACGGUGGGCCGAUCACGGAUUUGGACCAAGAACAGUUUCGGACUCACAUUUUCCCCGAGACGGUGUUCACGGCGGUGACCGCAUACCAAAACCAACUGAUAACCAAGUUGAAGAUCGACAGCAACCCCUUCGCCAAAGGUUUCCGCGAUUCUUCCCGGCUCACGGACUUUGACAGAGACCCUAUGGAUAUGAUGCUGAUGGAGCAGCACUUCUUGCGAUCCCCUCUGAGGCUGUAUUCAGAAUUGGACGCUGAGAAUAACAACGGAAAUCCUUUGCUAUCGGCAGCGAUGUUGGAAAAGGCGAGGGCGUUAUGGGGUGGCCCUCAGCAUCCCUUGCUGGUCCCUUCCCGGAUGCCCCUUUGGGGCGGCCACUGGCCUCCGCCCCCGGGACUUCUGGGCCCUCCUCUGCAUCGGCCUCCGCAGCUGACACCCCCGCCGGUCUCAACACCAUCCAGCAGUGGAUCUUCUUCCCCUAGGCCCUUAUCGCACAGAUACAGCCCUUACCACGUUCAAGCAUCUCCUGCCAGGAACUAAGAGAUUCGCUCAACCACGUGAAAACUACAGUGCAAUUUUCUAUUAGCUUCUAUUGUAAUUAGUAAUUUAUGUUUGUGUGUAAAUAGAUGUUUUAAAUUUGGCAUGUAGUGUUUAUUUUGUUUAGAGGAAUAUAAACCAAAGAAUUUUGUAUAUAGCGAUAAUUACCCUCAUUUUUAAGUACGUAGCAAAUUCAUGGUACGAAAUAGUUUCAAUCCAGACCUCAUAAAAACAGUGAUGUCUGCACCUUUCCGCCCUUCUUCCCAUAUUUGUAAAAUCCAGAAAAUCAUACAGACGUUGCGGUUUUUUCAGCAGUAUUAAAAAUUAUAAAAGCCCACAGAAGCUGAUUCUACGAUAAAAAUGAUUAUUUACAUACUUUUUAGUGUCAUUUACAAUUGGAAAUGUAAGUAAUUAUUAAUGAUUCUUAGAAAUUUAUUUAUUUGAGCAUUAACGUACUAAAUUUGAAAUAAAUUG